AUGAGCCACCUCCUCGCACCCCAAGAAGAGAAAAAGGACACCCGCGUGUCUCAGUCCGAGCCCGUUAUCACCGAUGCCAGCUUCCUCGUACCCCCUCAGGAGGAGAAGUCUGCUCACUCGACGAAGAAUGUGAGCGGCCAGUCAUGGAUGGUGCCGCCGCAGGAAGAGAAGGUCGAUACUGCUGCUCUUCGCGGAGAGAAAUCACGCGUAGAUAGAGCUGUCGACCGCUUCGAGGAGCAGAUCAACAAGCGAAGUUUCGAGAGCGAAGCCCCUGGGGAAGUUGACGAGAUUGCUCGGGACAAGCAACAGAGGGAUUCAGUUCUUUCUGGCGCAGCAGGUGUAACGGGCGAGGAUGUUGGAAUUGCGGAGAAGAGUCGCUUGGUUUAA